GCAAGGUAAGGUUGUGGAUGCCAAAGUAGUCUAUGAUAGGGAUAGCGGUAGAUCAAGGGGCUUUGGAUUUGUAACGUAUAGUACUGCUGAGGAGGUCAACAAUGCAAUUGAAAGCUUGGACGGAGUUGACCUCAAUGGAAGGGCCAUCCGUGUAAGCCCUGCUGAAGCUCGGCCACCCAGGCGUCAAUUCUGAAGGUUAUAACCAACAUCUUUUUGAUCGAGAAAACGAUUGGGGGUCCAGGAGAUGACGACUGUUGCAACAAUGAUGAGUUAGUAAAUCUGCAACUUCUACCCCAAACUUGCGCGGACAAAUUACUCUCUGCUUCUGGACUAACUAGAGUUCUCAAGUAAAUUAGCUUUUGUAAUCUAUGUUCUGAAAUUGCCUCGGAAAAAAUUCUUGAUCUUGUAAUAUGCUUAUCCAUCACUUGUUGAAGGACACGACAGUUAAAAAGUUUGAUACUCUUUGAAAUGUAUGUUAGCGAGAAGCAUUCUUGUUGUACAAUGAAUUUGCAGAAAUUGUGUUAAUUGUGCCAGUGCCUCUACAACAAUUAAUGGUCCUUAAAAUUUUACUAAUAUUUUUGCACUAAAUGUUGAAGGGCAGGGAUUUUCUUGACCAGCUGGGACAGGAAUCCAUAGCGCAAUUCAGGUUUUGCUUGUCUAGAUUAAGUCCAACUUUAAGGUCAGGAAAUGUUUAGCCAGAGCACCAUGUCUUCUACUAAACAAAAAUCUGUCAGAUUUCCAAAUGACAUUGACAUUGCAAUAUCUGGAUCAUACAAGCCGGAAAAAUUCCUUAAAUCUAUAUCUAUGAAGAAUGACGAACAAACGUCUAGCUCAAAGUUGGAGAAGGCAGAAAUAGAGCCAAAAAUGAAGAUGUUCCGAAAGAAAAAGCUUUCAAGAGUAUUUUCAGAAGACUAUGAGGGGGUUCAAAUGAAGAUAUUAGAUCCUCGCGGACGUCCCAUAAACACAUGGAACAAGUGUUUCUUAAUUGCUUGUCUUACAUCUCUAUUUGUUGAUCCACUCUUCUUCUAUUUACCAAGUGUUAACGACGAAAUCUGCAUGGAUGCAAGUUAUCCUAUGGAGAUAAUCCUUACAAUCGUCCGAUCAGUGAUAGAUGCAUUUUAUUCGGUUGAGAUUUUAGUUCAGUUUCGAACAGCUUAUGUUGCACCUUCCUCUCGCGUUUUUGGACGAGGAGAGCUAGUCAUUGAUUCUUCAAAGAUUGCAUCGAGAUAUCUCCGUAAGGAUUUUUGGCUUGAUCUCUUGGCUACUCUUCCUCUUCCUCAGGUUUUGAUUUGGGCUGCAAUCCCAUCUUUGAGAGGUUCGAAUAGGAUUGGUGCAAAACACGCCUUGCGCUUUACUAUCAUUUCUCAGUUUCUGUUGAGGCUAUGCCUUAUUUUUCCACUUUCAUCUCACAUUAUCAAGACUACUGGUGUAAUGGUGGAAGCUGCAUGGGCGGGGGCGGUUUAUAACCUUGUGCUCUUCAUGCUCGCAAGUCAUGUUAUGGGUUCUUGCUGGUACCUUUUUGCUGUGGAACGACAAGAACAGUGUUGGAAAAAGGUUUGUGAUCAACAACAACCGCAUUGCCAGGAUUGGUAUUUUGACUGUCAUAGGAGGGAUUUUACUAGUAGAAUCGCCUGGUAUGAACGGAGCAAUAUAUCUACAUUAUGCGGUCCUAGCAGCGACUUCUUCCAAUUCGGAAUCUUUAAUGAUGCACUGACUUUUAGAGUUACACAGUCAUCAUUCUUGAACAAGUAUGCUUACUGUUUUUGGUGGGGUUUGAGGAACCUAAGCUCUCUUGGGCAGAAUCUUGUGACUACUACUGACAUUAAUGAAAUUAAUUUUGCUGUUGUUCUUGCAAUUCUGGGAUUAUUGCUCUUUGCUUUACUUAUUGGGAAUAUGCAGACUUUCCUUCAAUCAACUACUAUGAGACUUGAAGAAUGGAGGAUCAAAAGGACAGAUACAGAAGAAUGGAUGCAUCAUCGCCAACUCCCCCACAAUCUUAAGGAAAGGGUGCGAAAAUAUGAUCUAUAUAGGUGGGUGACAACUCGAGGUGUUGAUGAAGAAGCCAUUGUCAAAAGCCUUCCGGUGGAUCUCCGAAGGGACAUCAAGUGUCAUCUUUGUCUUGAUCUAGUUCGUCGAGUACCUCUAUUUGAUCAAAUGGAUGAGUGUAUCUUGGAUGCAAUAUGUGAAAGGUUGAAACCACUUCUAUAUACUGCAGGAACAUGCCUUGUUCGCGAAGCUGAUCCUGUGAACGAAAUGGACUUCAUUAUAAGAGGCCAUUUGGAUUCUUACACUACUGAUGGAGGGAGAACAGGUUUUUUCAAUUCAUGUCAACUAGGUCCGUGUGAUUUCUGUGGUGAAGAACUACUGACAUGGGCGUUAGACCCUCGUCCGAGCAUCAUCCUCCCGUCCUCUACACGUACAGUGACAGCGAUCACUGAAGUAGAAGUAUUUGCACUCACUGCAGAGGAUGUAAAAUAUGUGGCAUCACAGUUCAGGAAGCUGCAUAGCAAGCAACUCAGGCAUACGUUCAGGUUUUACUCGAACCAAUGGAGGACUUGGGCUGCAUGUUUCAUACAAGCAGCGUGGUUUCGCUACAAGAGGAGGAAAGAGGCUUCUCUACUUAAAGUAUUAGUCUUACUACUCCAAUACAAUUUGGUAAGCUAAAGUAUUUGAUUGAACCAAUUAUGUUAUUUUGUCCCUUUAUAUUUGGGUAUAAUUGUUAUCUUAGAUUGUUGAUCCUGAAAUUUGAUGUUACGAGUUGUGUUCUUUCACUCCAAUAUUGCACUUACAUUUGUGAUGAAAUGACUGCUUAAUGUUAAAGGUUCUCUAAGAAGUAACCUGAAUUUGAGAAGCUUC